GGCCCCUGAACUCUGCCUUCUCUAUCGGCACUCGAAGCUCGCUGCUUCUCUUGACUUCCCAUCCAUCGCCCAUCUCAAGCCCACCGGCUCAGGGAGAAGCCAUGCCUUACCUCCACCGGACCCCCGGGCCUCAGGCACACGCGAUUCCCAGGGAUGCCCGGGCCACCCACUCCUCGGGCCGGAGCUUUGAGCAACUGAGGCAGGAGUGCCUGCAGGAGGGCACGCUGUUUGAGGACGCAGACUUCCCGGCCAGCAACGCCUCCCUGUUCUACAGUGAGAGGCCCCAGGUCCCCUUCGUGUGGAAACGUCCGGGGGAAAUCGUGAAAAACCCAGAAUUCAUUCUUGGAGGGGCCACCAGGACUGACAUCUGCCAGGGGGAGCUUGGAGACUGCUGGCUAUUAGCCGCCAUCGCCUCCCUCACACUGAAUCAAAAAGCGCUGGCCAGAGUCAUCCCCCAGGACCAAAGUUUUGGGCCUGAUUAUGCUGGGAUAUUCCAUUUCCAGUUCUGGCAGCACAGCGAGUGGCUGGACGUGGUGAUCGACGACCGGCUGCCCACCUUCAGGGACCGCUUGGUUUUCCUCCACUCUGCCGACCACAACGAGUUCUGGAGCGCCUUGCUGGAGAAAGCCUAUGCCAAGCUGAAUGGGAGCUACGAGGCCCUCAAGGGAGGCAGCGCCAUCGAGGCCAUGGAGGACUUCACCGGGGGCGUGGCAGAGACCUUCCUGACCAGAGAGGCCCCGGAGAACUUCUACGAGAUCCUAGACAAGGCCUUGAAGAGAGGCUCCCUGCUGGGCUGCUCCAUUGAUACCAGAAGUGCUGCAGAGUCUGAAGCCCGGACGCCUUUUGGUCUGAUUAAGGGCCAUGCCUACACUGUCACGGGAAUUGACCAGGUAAAAUUCCGAGGCCAGGAAGUCCAACUCAUCAGAGUCCGGAACCCCUGGGGCCAGGUCGAGUGGAACGGUUCGUGGAGCGACAGUUCUCCCGAGUGGCGUUCUGUUGGCCCAGCUGAGCAAAAGCGCCUGUGUCACACGGCUCUGGACGAUGGGGAGUUCUGGAUGGCCUUCAGGGAUUUCAAGGCCCACUUUGACAGAGUGGAGAUCUGCAACCUCACGCCCGACGCCCUGGAGGAGGACGCGCUCCACAAGUGGGAGGUGACGGUCCACCAAGGAAGCUGGGUCCGGGGCUCCACGGCCGGGGGCUGCCGCAACUUCCUGGAUACCUUUUGGACCAAUCCACAAAUAAAAUUGUCCCUGACCGAGACAGACGAGGGGCAGAAAGAAUGCACUUUCCUCGUAGCUCUGAUGCAGAAAGAUCGCAGGAAACUCAAGAGAUUUGGCGCCGAUGUCCUGACCAUCGGCUAUGCCAUCUACCAGUGUCCUGACAAAGACGAGCACCUCGACAGAGACUUCUUCCGGUACCACGCAUCCCAGGCCAAGAGCAAGAUGUUCAUCAACCUGAGAGAAGUCUCCGACCGGUUCAAGCUGCCGCCUGGGGAAUACAUCCUGAUUCCCAGCACUUUUGAGCCCCACCAGGAAGCUGAUUUCUGUCUGAGAAUCUUUUCGGAGAAGAAAGCCGUUGCCCGGGAUCUGGACGGAAAUGUAGACAUUGACCUUCCUGAGCCUCCGAAGCCGACUCCAGCUGGCCAAGAGACCGAGGAGGAGCGGCAGUUCCGGGCGCUCUUCGAACGAGUCGCCGGCGAGGACAUGGCAGUGUCAGCAGAGGAACUCGAAUAUGUUUUAAAUGCUGUACUGCAAAAGAAAAAAGACAUCAAAUUCAAGAAGCUAAGCCUGAUCUCCUGUAAAAACAUCAUUUCCCUAAUGGAUACCAGCGGCAACGGGAAGCUGGAGUUCGGGGAAUUCAAAGUGUUUUGGGACAAGCUGAAACAGUGGACUAACCUGUUCCUUCGCUUCGAUGCUGACAAGUCUGGCACCAUGUCCUCCUAUGAGCUGCGGGUUGCACUGAAAGCCGCAGGCUUUCAGCUGAGCAGUCACCUCCUGCAGCUGAUCGUCCUCAGGUACGCGGAUGAGGAGCUCCAGUUGGACUUUGACGACUUCCUCAACUGCCUGGUUCGGCUGGAGAACGCAAGCCGGGUGUUCCAGGCUCUCAGUACCAAGAACAAGGAGUUCAUUCAUCUCAACAUAAACGAGUUCAUCAACCUGACAAUGAACAUCUGA